AUGGGUCAACCAUUUUGUUUUGAUGACAAAGUAGUUAUAGUUACUGGUGGCGCAGCUGGAAUCGGUUCCGGAUUGGUCCGUGCUAUACUUUCGCAAAAUGCCAGGCAUGUUGCAUACCUUGAUGUUGCCCAACGUGAAGGGGAGGUGCUGGAAAGGGAACUUAUGAAUGUAUUUGGCACUCUUAAAGUUAUGUUUAUAAAAUGUGAUGUUGCAAACGAAACACAGCUUAAUUUUGCCUUCAAAAAAGUAUUAAAUAAGUUCCACAGGCUUGAUGUAGUAAUAAACAACGCCGCUAUACUUAAUAACGAAGAGACUUUAUACAAGCGAAUGGUGGACGUCAAUUUUACAGCAGUUAUAUCCGGCACAAUGUUGGCGUUAGCUUCAAUGGGAAUUGAUAAAGGCGGUUCUGGAGGCGUCAUAAUUAACGUUUCAUCAAUGUUGGCUCUUCAGCCAUACAUGCAUUUGCCUGUAUAUUCUGCCACAAAAGCAGCAGUACUUCAAUUUACGAAUAAUAUUGCUACGAAUGAUUUAUAUACAAGAUCGCAAGUUCGCAUGAUGACUGUCUGUCUUGGACCGACUGAUACUGCUCUUCUAUAUAAACAAAUUUCAGAACAGUUUGAUAACGGUUCUACACAAUGCAUAGUUUCACGAGAUGCAGAAAGACAAAGGGUAGAAUCAGCUGUAAAUGGUAUAAUAGAUGUAAUAAAGAAAGCCGAAAACGGCUCAACCUGGGUAAUAGCUAGUAAUGAACCUCCCGUGGAUAUAACCGUAAGCGUUAAGGAAGGGUUACGAAUUUUAUGUAAUUAA